AUGCCGGGCCGCAUCAAUUAUACCACGGGCGUGAUCUAUGGUGUGGUUCAGCGACCAAUAGAUUGGAAAAAUGUAAAAAGAUCGGCCCGCCCCCACAGCACUUGUCGGGAACAAGCGCUCUACCUUUCUCGGGUAACGGUCUGCUCCCACAGUGGGCCGUGCCCGGACAUGGACACCGAUCACACAUUUCAAAUCCACUCGCCAUGUACCAUGCGAUUGUCUAAGAGCGCGAUGUAUUCGCAAUUGAAAACCUUGAGAGGAGAGGAGAAGAGGAUAAGAGAAGAGGAGAAGAGAAGAGGAGAAGAGGAGAAGAGGAGAAGAGGAGAAGAGGAGAAGAGGAGAGAGAAGAUGAGAGGAGGAGAGAGGAGGAGAGGAGAGUGGUGA